GCCACGCCGCGUAUAAUAAAAAACCUCAGUGAUCCUCCUUCCAGAAGAAAACCUGCUUACUUUCCCCUUUACUCCCAACAACUGCCCUCCAGUUCCCAACUCCUCUCUCAACAAAUCAAUUCCGCCAUUUUUUUCUUCUUUUCGAUUUGCUCUCUGUCUCCUUCCCAACCCAUCCGGCUAAUCGAUUCAAUCAACCUUCUAAAUACCGGCAACAGUCGGUCGCGUCCUGCUGCAAAAGAAUGGAGAACAUGAUGGGGCUUCUCAGAAUCAAGGUGCUCCGAGGGAUCAACCUCGCCAUUAGAGAUGUCCGCAGCAGCGACCCUUACGUCAUCGUCAAGAUGGGCAAGCAGGCUUCUAAACCCAGCUGCCAUGUCUUAGCCGGAAACCUGUAGACGACGAAAGCUUGUGUCUUUGUUGUUUCGCUUUUUCUCAUUGCAACGGCAUAGUGGCAAAUGAGCCGGCCGUUGGCGGAUAUCCCAAUUUAGGGUAUAGAUUGAUUGUGCUAUGUGCUUCCUAAACGGUAUUGACCGGAUCAAUUGUAGAAACUAAAUUGCACAUCUCUCACAUUCUGCCAGACAGACGCUCCACCACUAGAAUUGGUAAAUUGAUCAUAUCGUACAAGUUAAAACAACACAAAUCAACAAACAUAAUGGACGAAAAAAGUAGGGACAAAUACAACAUACAUAAACUCUGUGCCUGCUCUGCUGCGCUUAAUGUUACUGAUUGGAAUUGCAGAAACUGAAGACCCGAGUGGUGAGGAAGAAUGUGAACCCAGAGUGGAACGAGACCUUGACAUUGUCUGUCAGCGACCCGGGUCUUCCUGUCAAGAUCGAAGUGUUCGAUCGAGACCUGUUCAGGGACGACAGGAUGGGGGAUGCAGAGUUCGACAUUGGGACCUUCGUGGAAGCCGUGAGGAUGAACCUCCAAGGGCUGCCCAGCGGGACCAUCAUCACCAAGAUGCAGCCCAGCAGGAAGAACUGCCUGUCAGAGGAGAGCUCGGUCGUGUGGGCGAACGACGAGGUUGUGCAGCGCGUCUUCCUGAGGCUGCGAAAUGUGGAGUGCGGUGAGGUCGAACUCGAGCUUCGUUGGAUUCAUGUCCCUGGUGCCAAGGGCUUGUAGUAUAGAGGAAUUGACUGUAAGUGAGCUGUUGUUUGUAGCUGAUAUAUGAUGUAUUGCUGAUUUUUUUCCGGGUUUUUGCUUCUCCCCAUUAGUUCUAGCACCCUAAUUAUCAAUAUCUACACCUUAAUUGAUUCUUCUCCUGCUGCUAAUUACAGUUGUUUGAGUUUGUACAUGAUUCUGUCUGAGUUGUCUUUCACCUGACAGAGGACUCUUUUCUUUAGCAUAUAUAUAUGUUGCC